AGGAGAGAGCGACAGACUAGGUGGAGAGUCGACUCAGACAUCACCACCUUGUCCACACUACUGCCUCUUAUCUCUGUUUACAGCAAGAAAGCUCAACAAAGCAAACUCAGUGCAGGCCUUGAGUCAAAUCCUGCCCUUAGGAUGUCAGACAACAACUGCUCUUUUGAUCUAAUGGCUGGAACCGAAGAAUGGGUUUGUCCUCCAGGACAGCAGUGCAUCAACAUGACCUCUGGCAUAAAUGGCAGCCAAAUUGAUAUGGACAAUACAUGUCUGACGGAAGAAGGAUAUCUGGAAAAAUAUCUGGGCCCUCGUCGAUCAUCAGUGUUUCUGCCUGUCUGCCUCGUUUAUCUGCUCAUCUUCUUGAUUGGUGUUGUGGGGAAUGUGCUGACAUGCACAGUCAUUGCACGCAACAAGGUCAUGUGGACGCCGACAAACUACUACUUGUUCAGUUUGGCGGUGUCAGACCUGUUGGUGCUACUGCUCGGUAUGCCACUGGAGCUGUAUGAACUGUGGCAAAACUACCCGUUUCUCUUGGGGAAGGGAGGCUGCUACUUCAAAACCUUCCUGUUCGAGAUGGUCUGCUUGGCAUCUAUCCUCAAUGUGACUGCGCUAAGCAUUGAGCGUUACAUUGCUGUGGUGCACCCACUGAGAGCAAAGUAUGUUGUGACACGUACCCACGCCAAGAGGGUCAUCCUCACCGUGUGGGGCAUUUCGGUGCUGUGCGCCGUGCCUAACACGAGUUUGCAUGGGAUCAUCACCCUUCAGAUUCACUCUGCAGGCCCCGCUGGCAACGUAAAUCUGGAGAUUUCCGACUCAGCAAUCUGUACAUUGGUCAAACCACGUUGGAUCUACAACCUGACCAUCCAGCUGACCACCUUUGUGUUUUUCCUUCUGCCCAUGGUCACGAUCAGUGUUCUCUACAUGCUCAUUGGGCUGCAGCUGAAGCGUGAAAAGAUGAGACAGUCACUGGAAGCCAAGUCGGGCUUUGGAAACGACAGCUUCUGUAACAUCCGCACCCAGCAGCAGAAGGCACGGCGCCGGCAGGUCACAAAAAUGUUGUUCGUUUUAGUGGUGGUUUUUGGGAUCUGCUGGGCCCCGUUUCACACGGAUCGCCUCAUGUGGAGUUUUAUCAGUGACUGGACUGAUAGCCAUCAUAAAAUCUUUGAGUAUGUGCACAUCAUCUCCGGCGUGUUUUUCUAUCUCAGUUCAGCUGUAAACCCGAUCCUUUACAACCUUAUGUCCACGCGCUUUAGAGAAAUGUUCAAAGAAGUCAUGUGCCAUCGGCCACAUCACAUCAGUCCAAGAAAACGCUCUCUGAGUGUUACCCGAGUGACGCUCCGCAGCACCCUGAGCGACGCACCGCUCAGCAACGGAGCCGCUGUCGCUGAGGCUGAUAUGACGGCCGACGGGAAAGGAAAAGUCAAAGACGACACCAGUUCUACGUGUUAAAUAAUAAUCUAUCGGGUCAUUUGAACGGGCCUGCUGUUUAGAAAAAUGAGCCUGUUCCUAGCCAGUGCCUCCAUCAUCUGUCAUCGGCAGCAACAUUUAAAUGGGUAUUUUUUUCUGUGAAGAAUUGUGUGAAAAAGGCUUGCUUUUCUGCAUUUGUUGUUACACUAAAAUCUACGGUUGACCAGUGAUGUACAACAUAUAUAAGCUCUCAUGAUUUAAUCAAAUAAUUAACCUUCAAACCAUGAUAAACCAUGAAUGUAUUUUGGAAAGUCUAUUUCAGCUCCUAGCAGGGGUGGAAAACUAUAUUCCUCCAGGGCCGGUGUCCAGCAAUUUAUAAAUGAGUCUCUGCUUCAACACAAAUAAUCAGGUCAUUAGCAGGACUCUGGAGAACUUGACUGCAUAGGAGGCAAUUCAGCCAUUUAAUUCAGGUAUGAUGGACCAGGGACACAUCUAAAAGUUGUGAGAAGAGUAGAAUGACUAGAAUGAAGCAAGAUGUUGACCUGUUUCUUAGCGUAUUAAAGAAAUAGUUAUUUUGAAGGAAUGGUUAUUUUUCAAAGUUUGUGUGUCCAGUAAGGGACUGUGUAAGAUUUCUGAAUUGCAGGUAUGAUAUUAACUGCAUAUCCUUUCAACAAAACCCCACAUCAGAAACCUGAAUUGGCCCUUUAAUGCACAGGUGUCAAGCUUCGGUGUCCUGUCUUUUAUAAAUAAUAAUAAUAAUUAAUAAUAAUAAUAAUAAUAAAUUACAAUUUUAAAGGCGCCUCAAGGACAGUGUAGAGAACGAUCUGAGCAAUAAAGAUAAAACGACAAACAAUGAAAGUUACAGUGUACUGGCAAUCACAGAGUGUGCACUUUUGAAUGGAUGGGAUUUGAGUUUAGACUUGAACUGGUAGAGGGUGUCGUUGUUGCAGAUGUCUGGAUGUAUGAGAAAUCCAGAGUCCAUGGUGCUGAGGUGGGAAGGAGGAACAGUGAAGUGAAUGGAGGAGGCGAAUCUAAGGGUGCAGGAGGAAGAUCAAAAAGGAAGUGGGCAGCGAGGUUGUGGAUGGCCUUAUGUGUACAGCAGCAUUUUGAAUUCAAUUCUGAAUCUAACCAGGAGCCGGUGAGCUGCUGUAGGAAUCGGGUGAUAUGAUUAAAUGAGGGGGUUUUGUUAAUAAUGUGAACAGCUGAAUUCUGAACCACUUGUAGCAUAUGGAGGAAUUUGUGAGGAAGCCCCAA